GCAGCAUGAGAAUUCCCGCGCUUUUUCUCUUGUUUUGUGCUGCAACGGCAACGAUAUCCGCCGAAACAAACAGUAUUGAGGGGGCCGGGUUCCGCGCGCUGCUCAAAGUCUACGACGAGUGCGGUUCCGCUUCCGGCGGGUUUUCGACAUGUCUCAAGAAGAAGGCGAUAACUUUCUUGGACAGGUUAGGACGCAUGGAAAAACUCUCUAUUUUGGACGGGGUGGCUUUGGUUAAAUCGCCGGGAGACCAAGCUCAAGAAAUACACUCGAACUUAGUGACGGAGAACGAAAUCGAUAAAAACCUUCCCAGGUCCAUCGAAGAUAAGGAUGCAGCCCUCAAUACCAUGUUGAUGGAUAAAGCUAGCAGUAUUUUAAGCUCGAGAACUAUCGAAAUAUCCGUUCCUAAAGUCUCAGAACUAAUUGAAGAAGGUAGAGGUGGUAAAAUGAAGGACAUGAUGGGCGGCAUGAUGAUGGCCAUAGCAGCUAAAAUGGCAGCCCUUAUCCCGAUCGCCAUAGCCGGAUUGUUCCUUCUAGCAGGAAAAGCUCUGGUCACGGCCAAAAUAGCGUUGCUAAUCUCAGGUAUAAUAGCUCUAAAGAAACUGUUUGCUGCCAAACACCAGCAUCACACGGCUCACAGUUCUGGCUGGACUAGUGGGGGAGGAGGAGGCUGGCAACCUUCGGGAGGUGGUUGGGAUAGGAGAUCGAUUGAGGAAGCUCAACGAGCUGCAGCAUACAAAGCUUACAAGCAAGCUUGAGACGCCAUUUUAAGAGAAACGUGUAAUUUAUUAUUAUUUAUUUGUUAAUUUAUUUUAUAAUAUCGUUUUGGUACAAAUUUUGAUAUGACCAGUCAUUUAAUUCAUUCACUAACAUCAGUAUCAUACACUCAAAAUUUUUGUAAUCAAGGCUUAAGUUUCAUUCAGAACCUCGUACUUAGUGGAAUAAAUUAGUGGUUUCAAUUAGCGUAGAAGUUUGUUCCUUUA